CGAACGAAAUGCCAUUAUGGAUGUGUGAUUGUCGCAUUGUAUAAACAAGAAUUCUUAUAAAUUGCAAAUUAUUGUUUUUUGUGAAAAUGUUGAGAGCCCGUUUGACCCAAAAUUCUACAGGAAAUCGUCAAAUGACCGAUAAGAUGCCUUUUGUCAAAGAAGAAGCCGCAGAAUUGUGCAGAAUAUGUGAAACAAUGGAAAACUUGCUUGACAUUUCGACAGAAGAGUUCAGCCACUUGAAUGAGAAACUCCACCGAAUUGCCGAUUUUGAGGAUAACUACAGUUGCUGGUUGCAAUUCAUUUGUGUCUCCUGCAGCAUGAAACUUGAGUAUGCAUUCGAAUUUAAGAUACAAUGCGAAGAAACCUACAGGAAACUCAUUGAGCAACUUGAAAACAGUAAUUUUAGCGAUCACCCAGAAAGUAUAUCGAAAUCUUAUCGCAUUCAUGAUCAAGAUGACGUUCAAGAUGAUUUGGAAGUAGAAAGUGAACAAAUACACUUUGAGGAACUAGAAAUUGUGGAGCGUCCUGGACAAAGUAUAAAUGACGAAACUUUAUAUGUUUUAUCCGAUGACCAAGAGCAAGAAGAUAAUUCGUACAAUGGUUACUACUCCAAUAAAUUGCAAACAGAUUAUUCAGAAGGGGAAGAUAUUGCCAAAGAAGUUGAGACACUGCCUGUUGAAUGCGACGUUAGUGUAAGUUCUAGCGAAGAAAUAAUUGGAGAAGAAGAUGGUGAGACUGAGGACACUGUAAAAGCAAAUGGAUCAAUUGUUGAUCAAUCCACCUGUACAAUUUGCCACAAAUCCUUUCGAGGAAACCUCGAUCUAACUGAUCACAUGGAGGGUAUGCACUUUAACAGAAAACGUCAUGAAUGUGUAACUUGCGGAGCCAAAUACACGCAUUAUGUCUCACUAAUUCGACAUCAGCAAGUCCAUGUUGAUGAUGACAUUUUUCCCUGCGAUAUCUGCGGAAAGAUCUUCAAAACCAAAAAAUACAUGAGAGCCCAUCGAAAAAUUCAUUUUGUGACCUUUAAUUCUACUGCAUCAUCUCUUGUGUGUAAAAUCUGUAAUCACAGAUCCCAGAAUAAUAAUCAUCACAUGAAACACCUCCAGACACAUCAAGGUGAUAAACCGCAUAAGUGCAUAGUCUGUGGUAAAGGUUUUCUACGGAAACAAUAUUUGAACGAACAUCACAGAAUGCACACUGGAGAGAGGCCAUUUCCGUGCAAUAUCUGCUCAUAUGCUUUUCGAUACCGAACACAUCUGAGUAGGCAUCUAAAGACGCAUGCAAACAAAAAACCUGAGAACAAACGCAAAAUGCAUAGACCGUACUCAUCUCAAAAUCCUGAACAUUCUGCAACAGAUAAAAAAUCUGUGGUAAAAGAAGAAGCUGGAGAAUUGUGCAGAAUUUGUGAAAGUAUGGAAAAUCUUGUUGACAUUUCAACUGAGGAAUUUAGACACUUGAAUGAGAAACUACAUAAAAUUGCUCAUUUUGCGGGAAAUUUCAGUUAUUUGCUGAAUUUUAUUUGCACGACUUGCAGUGUUAAACUAGAAGAUGCUUUCGAUUUCAAAGUCCAAUGUGAAAAUACAUAUAAAAUACUUAUUUGCCGAAUAGGAACCCAUCGCUAUGAUCCACUAUUCACAGAUCCUCUUGGCGAAAACAAGGCCAACAAUAUUGGAAAUGUUCAGGUGAAGACUGAAGAAUCCGAUGAUGACCAAGAAGAUAAGUAUUUCAAUAUAUUUGAAGUAAAUCAAUGCCCUCGGGAUAGUAGUGAUAGUGAAGAAGAAACCAAUGUUAACGUAGAUGUAAAGCAAGAGGAAGAAAUCAAAGACACGGCCAAUAGAAAGUGCAAGAAGAUUGCUAGGCACAAGAGAAGAGUCCCGGAAAAUACAGAAUUUGAGAUAGAUGAAAAGCGCAGAUUUGUCUGUGCAAUUUGUGGACAAAAAUUUUCCGAAAAGUGGAUUAUGCGGAAUCACAUUUUAGGCCUUCAUGUGGCAGAAAAGCCCUAUCUGUGCAAUAUUUGUGAUGCUAGAUUUUCCCUAGAGGCAGCACUGAAGAGACACAAAGCAGUCCACAAGGAUGAACAUAUACCAUGCGAUAUUUGUGGAAAAAUUUUCAAAACUCUAGGGUACAUGAAGAAGCAUCUGAAGCAAGUCCAUUCAAAGCCACCAAAACCCAAUGCUGGAACGUUAAUUUGUCAGACUUGUGGUCAUAAGUCCAAAAAUCGGAAUACCCUUACAGCCCAUUUGCGCAUCCACACCACCGUUUUGCCUCACGAGUGUGAAGUUUGUAAGAAAAAGUUUCUCCGGAAGCAACAAUUGGACCUCCAUCAGAGUAUGCACACAGGUGAAAAACCGUUUAUGUGCCAUCUUUGUUCGAAAGCAUUCCGGAUUAAAACACACCUCACUGUUCAUCUGCGAAGCCAUACAGGAGAAAAGAACCACAAAUGCCAACUCUGUGGGAAGUGCUACACACAAUCCUACGGACUCAAGCUUCAUAUGCAGUGUGAACAUCUUGGAGAACCUAGAUAUGAGUGCCCCAAGUGUUUCACGAGAUUUCGCCAAAAAAAAAUGAGAACAAUUCACGCUAAAGGAUGCAACGGGGAGCCACCUAAAGAACAACCAGAGGGAGAUAGUGCCAAGACCCCUAAUAAACAGAAGACAGAUUGUAAAGGUCACAAAACACCUGAGCAAGUGACUGAAAUCAACAACGGUUCUAUUGAAGUCGUUCUAUCGAAAACACUUACAUCACUGUAA